AGUCUCGUGGCAGUUUUGUCGGUUCGUGCACCAUCCUUUGCCAAAAAUUUCAACUCUUGUAUUCGCGAGUGCCCCAUCUCUUUUCUCUCUGCCCAGAACACUCGACAGUUGUCACCACUCCUGCUCCUUCCCACUGCCAGCACUUCAAGUCUCAGGGCUGUGCGGCAUGAGCACCAGAUCUCCAACACACUCGUAGCCGGCCCUACUUCACCAUUACUCAUUCUCUCACUCCACCAUAUGUACAAUGCGGGGUGCGAGUGGCUGGGCGCAACAUAGCGAACACGUUAAGUGGAGUCUAGGGUCGUUUGAAUGCCGUGAUUCGGAGGGUGUCCGGACUUAGAAACUCUCAGUGCUAUAUAUCUUAGCACAAUUCAACCACCAUCCAUUAAAAACCAGAGAAAUACAUCGUACCAUGCUCGACGAUGGAUCCAGACUUUACUUGACCACAUCAGCUUUGGCGCUGGUUAUCUUCAGUUGUUACCGAAAAUAUCGGGACAAGCAGUCGGGUCCCCCACUCCCUCCUGGUCCUAUGCCCCUCCCAAUAGUGGGGAAUGUUCUGAGUCUCGAUACCGCUCAGCCUUGGCUGACUUUCAAUGCCUGGAAAUCCACAUAUGGCGACAUCAUUUAUGCUCGUCUCCUCAACAAGCCUGUGGUUGUGAUUAACUCUGAGGAGGUUGCAAAAGACCUCUUUGAAGCACGUUCUACUAUAUAUUCGGACAGACCCCAGUCCAUCGUUUACCCACACUUCGCUUCGGACUUCAACCCAGUGCUCAUGCCAUAUGGAGACAGGUGGCGCCUUCACCGACGAAUUUUUCAUCAGGCAUUUCGUCAAACUGAAAUAACCACUUACCAUGCUGUGCAACUGCGUUCCGCCCACAAAAUGUUGUUCAGUGUUCUACAGGACCCUAGCGACUAUUCAAGACAUUUUGAGAUGUUUAGCGUUUCCUUUAUACUGCCUAUGAUAUAUGAUUAUGAACCGAAAGCCAAGGAUGAUCCCAUCGCCUACAACAUGAAAAGGUACUUGAAUCGGACAAACACAGCUUUGACGCCAGGUGUUACUGUGAUACUCGAAACAUUCCCAUUCCUUUUGAAGCUACCCAGCUGGUUCCCUGGUGCCACAUUCAAGCGAGCAUCACUAGAGUGUCUCAAGGCAGGCCAUGAUAUAAAGGAGAUACCUUUUCAAAUGGUCGAAGAGAGAAUGUCUACCGGCAUCACGAUGUCUUGCUUUGUGGCUGAUACCUUGAGCAAGACGAAGCUUUUUGCAGAGGACGACGCUGUCAUUAUAACUGCAGUCAAGGAGGCUGCUAGUAUGACAUUCGCAGCGGGAUUUGAGACGACUACUUCCACGUUACUCGUGUUCAUUCUUGCUAUGGUGCUCAAUCCAGAGGUACAAGCCAAAGCGCAAGCAGAGAUUGAUCGAAUCGUUGGCAAAGAUAGACUCCCCGAUUUCAAUGAUAGACCAUCGUUACCUUACGUUGACGCUAUUUUGCGUGAAACAUUCAGGUGGCACCCCGUGGUUCCAUUUGGUCUGUUUCACCGUCACCCUUAUUACCUUCCUCUGAUAACGUACUUAGGCGUCCCGCGCACAACAACAACCAGUGACAUCUACAAAGGCUACUUCAUUCCUGAAGGGGUUGUUUUAUUUGCAAAUACAUGGGCAAUGACACACGAUGAAACGAAGUACCCCAGUCCUGAUGAAUUCAAGCCGGAAAGAUUUCUUCAUGAUGAUGGGUCGCUCACCAGCGACACAAUGCCUUUAGGCUUUGGCUGGGGUCGUCGGAUCUGUGUGGGACGGUAUGUCGUGGACGCGUCACUCUGGAUCGCGAUCACGAGCUUCCUCGCCAUGUUCUCAGUCCACAAUGCCCUUGAUGAACAUGGCAUAGACAUCCCAGUCGUUCCGAAGUUCACUACGGGUCUCAUCGUUCAUCCGGAGAAAUUUCCCUGCCGCAUUGUCCCGCGAUUCCCCGAUGCAUCUGUGAAGACACUGACACACUUGACUGGAUUAGGUUCGUGUGUCGACAUCGCCUGAACAUUUCAGCGACAGGGCAAUCGCAAUCGUGGUGUAAAUGUACAGUAUAUAUAGUGUUCUGUAUCUCCGAUAUACCAUCCGAGCAUAGUGCAGAAAUCACAGACGAGCCAUGACCAUUGACAACUAAAGUUGUAUGGUCGACAUG